AUGGCGUGGAUGUCCGAGCUCGGCUUUGAAAGAGGCGCGACCCCAUUUCUCCCCCUGCCGGAGCCUGCCUCGUUUUGCCUCCUUCCAGGAAAGGCGGCGAAGGACUCGUCUCCUUUUCCGAGGAGUUCAGCGCAGGCGGCAAGAUCGGGGCUCGACUGAUCCGGCCUAGAGCGCGGGUGAUUUGAUGGGCUCUGGAAGCGGCGCAAGGAAAGAAAAGCACCCGCCCUCCCCCCUCCUUCGUCUGGGGUCUCGAUGGCGUCCGCUCUGGAAGAUCCUGUUUUGAUUCGACAUUUUAAAGGCCACAAAGAUGCAGUCACUUGUGUUGCUUUCAGUCCAAAUACUAAAGUGCUUGCCAGCUCUUCUCUGGACAGAUUUCUCAUGAUAUGGAAUUUGAGGCCAAAUACAAAAGCCUUCAGAUUUGUGGGUCAUUUAGAACCCGUAACUAGUGUACAGUUUUCACCAGAUGGAUACCUGUUGGCGUCCGCUUCUGAAGAUCGAACCGCCAGACUAUGGAUUCCUUGCAUCCAUGGUGAAUCUACAUCAUUAAAGGGCCAUACUGCCCCAGUCCGCAGUGUGAACUUCUCAAAUGACAGUCAGUUUCUAGUCACUGCAUCUAAUGACAAGUCAGUGAAAGUGUGGAGCAUUUGCAGCCAGCAUCUUUUGCAUUCUUUAUCCCAGCAUACACACUGGGUGCGUUGUGCAAAAUAUUCACCAGAUGGAAGAUUAAUAGUAUCUUGCAGUGAAGAUAAAACUGUUAAAAUCUGGGAUAUAAGAAACAAGAUAUGUAUUAAUAAUAUAAUAGAUUAUGAUGGAUUUGCAAACUAUGUAGAUUUUAAUCCUGAUGGUACAUGUAUAGUUUCUGCUGGUUCUGAUCACACAGUGAAAUUUUGGGACAUUCGAAUAAACAGAUUGCUGCAGCGGUAUAAAGUUCACAGGGGAAGUGUUAAUUACACAUCUUUCCAUCCUUCUGGCAACUUUCUCAUAACAGCAUCUAAUGAUGGAACUCUUAAGAUUAUGGAUCUUAUAGAAGGAAGGCUCUUAUACACACUUCGUGGGCAUGAGGGUCCUGUGCUUUCUGUAGCCUUUUCAAAAGAUGGAGAGACAUUCGCUUCUGGUGGCACAGAUACACAGGUGCUGCUCUGGAAGACAAAUUUUGAUUCAUUUGAAUAUAAGAAAGUUCUUGAAAAACAUGUGCAAAGAUUACAUAGCGAUGAUCCACCUCACCUUCUGGAUAUUUACCCUCGGUCACCUCAUCAUCAUGAUGCAAAAUCAGAGGCAGUUGAGAUAAAUCCCAACUUUGAUGUAACAAACAUGCAAAUAUUAGAUCCUCCUGUUGUAAAUAUUGCUUCAUCGCCUACUUUUCCUCCAUCAUGGCAGUUGAGAACAAAUCCAUAUAUGCAACAAAAUGGGAUGACCAAUGAAAACGCACAACAUCCUUCCAUGUUACCUUCUCCAGCAAUGUUAAACAGGAAUUUGAAAGGGGAAAUGAUGCGCACUGUGGCUGAACCAGGAACCAUAGAUGAAUCUGUGGGCAUUUCACCCUUAUUGACUAAUGCUUUGGAACACAUUGUGGAACAAUUAGAUGUUCUGACACUUACAGUUUCAAUCUUGGAACAGCGCCUGACUUUAACUGAAGAUAAAUUAAAAGAGUGCUUACAGAACCAAGGGAAACUAUUACAUUUGGGACAAGAAACAACAUAAAUGCUGGUGAAUACUUAUUAAUCUAUUCUCAGGGAAGUGAAGUAAAAAGUGGUAAUACUUAAUGACACACAUGCCACAAAUAAAAAGUGCCUGUAAGAUUUUGCUUGUAAGAUUUUUUAACAGAUCAUUGCUAAAAUAUUGAAUAUAUUUUAUUAAAAUAUUUAUAUAUA